UCGGAGGCUGAGGUGGCAGCGCCCUGCCAACAUGGAGCUGCCGCAGAUGCCGGAGCUGAUGGGCCUGUCGCUGUUUCUCGGGCUGCUGGCCCUGGUGGCGACGGCGGCGGUAGCGCGGGGUUGGCUGCGCGCGGAGGAGGAGACGUGCAGCCGGUCCGCCGGCCAAAAAGCAAAUGGAUUGCCACUUGACAAGUCCUUGAGAUCCAAGAAGCAGAAACAGCAUCAACGAAUUCGCAAGGAAAAGCCUCAACAGCACAACUUCACUCACCGCCUCCUGGCUGGGGCACUGAAG